UCUAAAUCUCUAUAGCUCUCAACUCAAUCAAACAAACAAUCACAAUCAUGUCAUCAUUCCCAUUGGUCUCUUUUCUCGUCACUCUCCUGUUGGCUGCAGCCGUCUGCACCCACGGACAAGAACUGGUGACAGACACCAACGGAAACAUAGUUCGACUCAAUGAUCAAUACUUCAUCCAACCAGUCAAUACCGGGAAUAACGGAGGUGGUAUUGUCCCACUUGCUUCUAAAAUUUCCCUUUGUCUACUUGGCAUCACCCAAGCACUUCCGGACGAACCGGGCGUGCGGGUUAGCUUCUCCUUUCCACAGACGUUGAUCCCUCCCAUACCAUUCACCCCUGUACUUACAAAUGUCGAUAUAACCAUCGAGUUCAAGUCCAACAUAUGCAAGGAGUUCUCCAAGUUCUGGGAAGUCGAUGCAUCCGCACUGGUUUCCGAAGAGCCUGCAAUUCAAAUCAAUGGUAACCCGCGGCGAAGAAACAGCCGGUUUAAGAUAGAGAAAGUGGGAAAAGAAGGAAGAACAAACAUUUACAGAUUUACUACUUCUGAUGGAACCGUGGGAGCUGUCCCAGGGGCCUUGGAGAGUACACAGCUAGUUCUCACCAAUGAUGUGGCUAAGACCAUAUUUGUCAAAUUCAUCAAAUUUAAUGCUGUUACUACCGAUGUUGCUUCUACUUCUCGUGUUGAGAAGUUAGGACUAAGGAUGAUUUUGUAAUGUAAAAGCCAAAGACUCCGUCCAUGGCCAAAAAUAAGGGGUUGAGAUUAAUACCCGCACGUACGCAUGCACGUAAACUUUUUUUCUACUGUCAGGAUAAGUAAAAUAUAAGCUAUGUUUUGAAACAUGAAA